GACUGUGACCUCGUUUUCAACACGGGAAGCCGCCAUCUUAAAGUAGAAGAGUUGAAAAGUUUGAAGUAGAGGAAGGUGGAAACCGCUUAAACUUUCCAAAAUUCCUCUUUAUAGUCCAAAAAUGCCGUUGGCUCACUUAGCAGAUCCUUGGAGGAGGAUGGAGGUGGCCCAAGAUACAGAGGCUGCCUCCACGGAAGAUAUGCUUGUAGAUGAUCAGAAUGACAAUGACUUGGACAGAGAAAUAAAUGUGGCUAAUAUGAUGAAAGAUGGAGAAAAGGUGGAACCAAGGGAUUUUGAACUUUUGAAAGUGCUAGGACAAGGCUCUUUUGGAAAGGUAUUUUUAGUCAGAAAAAUCACAAGCAAAGAUGCAGGAACAUUGUAUGCAAUGAAAGUAUUAAAAAAGGCCACCCUUAAAGUAAGAGACAGAGAACGCACAAAAAUGGAGAGAGAUAUCCUAGCAGAUGUCAAUCAUCCAUUUAUAGUCAAACUUCAUUAUGCAUUUCAGACUGAAGGAAAAUUGUACCUCAUCUUGGGAUUCCUGAGGGGUGGAGAUUUAUUUACCAGAUUAUCUAAAGAGGUGAUGUUUACAGAGGAAGAUGUCAAGUUUUAUUUGGCAGAACUGGCUCUUGCAUUAGAUCAUCUUCACUCCCUUGGCAUAGUGUACAGAGACCUUAAGCCAGAAAACAUUCUGUUGGAUCAUGAAGGACACAUUAAACUGACCGAUUUUGGUCUGAGCAAAGAAUCAAUUUUUGAGGAGAAGAAGACAUACUCAUUCUGUGGGACCGUAGAAUACAUGGCUCCAGAGGUUGUCAACAGGAAGGGCCACAGUACGGCAGCUGACUGGUGGUCAUUUGGGGUCCUCAUGUUUGAGAUGUUGACAGGUGCUCUUCCAUUCCAAGGAUCAAAUAGAAAGGAUACCAUGACACAGAUCUUAAAAGCAAAAUUAGGAAUGCCUCAAUUUUUGUCCCCAGAAGCUCAACAGUUGUUACGUGCUUUGUUUAAAAGAAAUCCAUUGAAUAGGUUAGGUUCAGGACAAAAUGGCAUAGAAGAUAUUAAAAAGCAAGCAUUUUUCAGCACAAUAGACUUUGAUAGACUUUAUAAACGCACAAUGAAUCCACCGUUCAAGCCAGCUGUGGUACAGACAGAUGAUGCAUUUUAUUUUGAUCCUGAAUUUACUUCAAGAACACCCAAAGAUUCCCCAGGAAUCCCACCCAGUGCUACAGCACACGAGUUAUUUCGAGGCUUUAGCUUUGUGGCCCCAGCUUUACUAGGAGAAGAUAACCACGUUCUAAACCCCAUACUAGAUAAUCAAAUCGCCUUAACAUCAUUACCCGGUGUGAAAUGUUCAUCCUUCUCAGAUGAAUAUGAAAAUAAAGAGGAUAUUGGCAUAGGAUCAUAUUCUGUGUGUAAGCGCUGUAUUCACAAAGGCUCAGGACAGCAUUUUGCUGUUAAGAUAAUGGACAAAGAAAAGAGGGACCCCUCAGAAGAAGUAGAAAUUUUGUUGAGGUUUGGUCACCACCCCAACAUUAUCACGCUUAGAGAUGUGUUUGAUAAUGGCAAUAAAGUAUACAUGGUAACAGAACUCAUGCAGGGAGGUGAAUUAUUGGACAAAAUCUUAAGGCAGCGAUUCUUUUCAGAAAGGGAGGCCAGCGCAGUGCUACAAAUUGUGGCCAAGACUGUAGAGUAUCUUCAUGCAAAUGGAGUUGUACAUAGAGAUCUGAAGCCUUCCAACAUUCUCUACGCAGACCACUCAGGUUCACCAGAUAGCCUCCGAAUCUGUGAUUUUGGAUUUGCUAAACAGCUGAGGGCAGACAAUGGUCUGCUCAUGACACCUUGCUACACGGCUAACUUUGUGGCACCUGAGGUCCUGAAAAGGCAAGGUUAUGAUGCAGCAUGUGAUAUUUGGAGUCUCGGUGUCCUACUCUACACAAUGCUAGCAGGGCAUACACCAUUCGCAAAUGGACCAAAUGAUACACCCAAUGAUAUCCUGUCUCGAAUAGGAGAGGGCAAAUUUACCUUAGCUGGAGGGAACUGGGACUCUGUCUCCGCAGCUGCAAAGGAUCUAGUACAGAAAAUGUUGCAUGUGGACCCAGGAAGUCGGUUAUCAGCUACACAGGUCCUGAAUCACCCAUGGGUUGCUCAGAGAGAAGCUCUGCCACAAUUCAGACUCACUCUCCAAGAUGCACAACUUGUAAAGGGAGCAAUGACAGCCACCUUUAAGGCACUGAACAAUUCUCCAAAGACAACCCUAGAACCUGUUGGAGCAUCAGGGCUAGCACAACGCAGAGGGAAGAACAGGCCAAAGAGUUCUACAGCCGUUUGAUCUUAGUAAAAAUCAUCUUUUGUUCAUGUGUGACUGGUUCAGUCAUGUGUGACAUAUCAGAGGGCGCUAUUUGUACACGGUCAGUGAAUGAGAGACGAAGGUUGUAGUUCUCCAUCUCCCAGAGAGCCAAUUCCAAGAGCAGACAACUCCAGUAGCUUUUAUACAAUGUAAUGUUUUUACAUGUUUUUGUUCUUUGUCAUAUUUUGGAGUACUCAUUGUUGUAUAAUCAUUUGAUAUCUAACUUGUGAUUGCUGACUUUAACAAAGUGCUACAUAUACAAAUAGUUUGAAUUUAUUUUUAUUUUACAUUUUGUUACAAGCAAAAAGAUCUAAAAAUAUGUUUGAUAUGAAACAUCAUUAUGAAUAUAGUGUACACUUUUCCUCCAUUUUAGAUCAAGAAUUGUACCAAAAAAACUAAUAUGAAUCACCGAAAGCUCUUUCAAAGUUGAUCAAUACUGGUAGCUGUGCUAACUAUCGAGAAAAUUUAUCUACCUCCUAUGUAUUGAAAUAGCAGAACUUAGCGGUGUGUGUAUUUUCAUUCAAACUAAUAAACUAUGUCACAUAACACAUGAUCUGCCUGAGGGAAGGUAACCAUUGAAUAAAGAUGUAAAAUGAUGCUGCAUCAAGCACUUCUUAACAGUUUUGCUUUUCCAAAAUGGGUAUAACCUAUGAAAAGCCUAAUGAUUAUUUUUGUUUUCUUUCAAGUUGGAGUUGCAUAAUGUUGUAAAUAUGAAUUCAUGGGACUGUCAGAAUUCAGUGAGAAGAUAUAGAAACUGUGUGCAUUUGUGAUGUGUGAGAGGCUUUGUUGUUGUGAUAAACAAUUACAUUUCAUUUGUCAACAAUUUCCAUGUCAGUUUAAGAUGUCUGAUAAACAGAUUCUACUUUAUUAUAUAUAUGUAUAACCAUUCAGGACAACAGCAAAUCUAGCUAUAAAUGUAAAGUAUUUAUUUGCAUCUCUUGACUCUUUUCGGAAGGUAUAUUGAGUGCUAGUAGUAUGAAUUUUUACUCUGAAUGUAACAGUAAUUUGUGUGUGUAGUGCCGUAAAUAAACAUUGGAAUUUCUUGCAUAACAAUGGUUCAUACGAGUUGAAAUCUUACCAUUUCAUCAAUGCAAAACCCACCAAAUGUGAAAUUACAAAGUUUGAGGUAUACAGUGCACAGUAUUUUUUCCAAUAUUAGUUAGCAUAUUAAAUAUAUGACAAGUGCUAUCUUCAUUCCUUUGUAUAUUUUGUAUUUUAUGUGCUUUCAACAGUAUAUAGCUUGUUAAUGUGUUUGUAAAGGAUCCAUUAUUUUGAAAUAUAUUUUAUUUUUCCAGCAAUAUUCAUAUACAUGUACCAAGUCUAGUGUUACAGAAUGAUGUUGAUGAGGCAUCAGUACACAUUUUUCUUGUAAAAGUUACCUCAGUUUAAAACAAACUUUCACAUCUUGACCCUCCUAUAUGAAGGUACAACUAUGCAGUUGGAUUUUCAGUCAGUCUGGGUUUUCUUGAUGCGGGGCAUUAGGACAUAAGACAGAAUUCAGAUGAUACGAAAAUAUGUAUUACCACAGAUACACAUAUGGUACUGUGAAUAAUAAAUAACUAUUUAAACUAACACAAAGUAUAUGAUAUUGAAUUGUAAACACAUAGAGAUGCUAACCUCAGAUAAAAAUUUACAUAUAGAUAUUGUAUUGGUCAAUCAAUGUAUCUUCACAGAGAAAGAAGUAUCGUUAAUCAUGUGGCUUAUUAUGAAUCAUGACUUGAUUUUCUCCAACACUACAUUUGAGUAAUUUUGAGGUUAUUAACAUACUGUUUGGGAUCAAAUUGAAAUUCAGGGUAAUCAUCGAGCAUGUAAAUUCAACCUUGGAUGGAUUGAAGGUGCUGUUCAUCUUAAAAUUUUAAGUUUAUUUUCAAAAGAGAGGGAAGUAAUCAUUGUAUGAAAUUUUAUUUUACUUGAUACAUACAUAUAAAUGUAGAGUUACUGAUAAGUUUUUGUGCAAACCUUGCUCAGAUAUUAAUGAAGCUGUGUUCUAUUGUUCGGUAUAGAAAUGCAGAUUUUGGGUUGUCAUUUUUACGAGAUGUAUAGGUCUCUUUAUUAAUCUUGUGAAAUGUGUUAUGCAGUGCUAUGAGGUGAAAUUUUAAUAUAAUGAACAAAUAUAUGUCUGUUUCUUGUUUUGUUACUACGAAUGUAUGAAUGACUGGAAGAGGUCAAUUAAUAUUUGUAAUCUACACAAUUAUGUUAUUGUCUCGUAUGUUUAAAAGUUUUUGAAAAAGAUUACUAUGAUGUAAGAAAUUUGAUAUUCGGUUUGCAAUAUAGUAUUGUCUUUAAAAAAAAUUCUUUAGUAUAGGAAGUUGUCUUGUUAAUUUAUGUCAGAAGCUUUAUAUGUGAACAAGUCACAGUUGUCAAAAAGCAUGUACAUAGUCCUUUGUUAGGAAUGGUAUUGACUUCUUAGAGUCAAGACAUUUUCAGUUUUCCAAAGAUGUUAGCAUAAAAUCUCGGCAUUUUAAAAUGCAUGUGUAUGUGCUUCAUUGACUUUACGCUUCAAAAAAUUUUCUGAGUUGUAAAACUUCGGGAUUAUUUUAAAUUAUAAAACUUUGAGGGUAAAAUGACUCCCAAAUUGUAAAAAUGUUUUGCUAUAUAUACAAAUGUGUUUUUACUGUUUUUUUGCGAAUUAUAUUAAAAAUUGUCAAUAAUCUAUACUGUACAAUAUGAAUCCAAUAUACCACAGUCAUUACUAGAAAUAAUGUUGAUUAUGGACUGUGGUCUACAUUUUCCCUGGUAAUUACUAGGGUCAUUCAUCACACACCCCUCCCUAUCAUGAGGAUAGCUCUAGAUCUGGUGUGACCUGCCAAUAAGCACUGAUAAUAUGUCACAUUGCUCAAUAUAUUCAGAAGCAUUGUAUCAUCAUAUUGAAUGCUGUACAGUACUUUGCCAUUGUUCUUUUUACGAACUUGUUGUCAGAAUAUCUUCAAAUAUUAUCAUUAUUUUUAGUA